GUGCGGUCCGCUCCACUGCCGCCACCACCGCCCACUCGGAGCUGGCUAGCGGCGGGAGGCCGGGGCGCAGAGUAGGGCCGGGCUGGGCGAGUGCACGGCCAUGGCCCCGUGGCUGCAGCUCUGCUCUGUCUUCUUCACGGUCAACGCCUGCCUCAACGGCUCGCAGCUGGCUGUGGCUGCCGGCGGCUCCGGCCGCACGCGGGUUGCCGACACCUGUGGCUGGAGGGGAGUGGGGCCGGCCAGCAGAAACAGCGGGCUGCACAACAUCACCUUCAGAUAUGACAACUGUACCACCUACUUGAAUCCAGUGGGGAAACAUGUGAUUGCUGAUGCCCAGAACAUCACCGUCAGCCAGUAUGCUUGCCAUGACCAAGUGGCAGUCACCAUUCUUUGGUCUCCAGGGGCCCUCGGCAUCGAAUUCCUGAAAGGAUUUCGGGUAAUACUGGAAGAGCUGAAGUCAGAGGGAAGACAGUGCCAACAACUGAUUCUAAAGGACCCGAAGCAGCUCAACAGUAGCUUCAAAAGAACUGGAAUGGAAUCUCAACCUUUCCUGAAUAUGAAAUUUGAAACGGAUUACUUUGUAAAGGUUGUACCUUUUCCUUCCAUUAAAAAUGAAAGCAAUUACCACCCUUUCUUCUUCAGAACCCGAGCUUGCGACCUAUUGUUACAGCUGGACAACCUGGCUUGCAAACCCUUCUGGAAGCCUCGGAAUCUGAACAUCACGCAGCACGGUUUGGACAUGCAGGUGUCCUUUGACCACGCACCUCACAGCUUUGGCUUCCGUUUUUUCUAUCUUCAUUACAAACUCAAGCAUGAAGGACCCUUCAGGAGAAAGAUGUGUAAACAGGAGCAAAAUACAGAGACAACCAGUUGCCUUCUUCAAAAUGUUCCUCCAGGGGAUUAUAUAAUUGAGCUGUUGGAUGAUACUAAUGCAACAAGAAAAGUGGUGCAGUAUUCCUUAAAGCCAGUGCAUUCCCCAUGGGCUGGGCCCAUCAGAGCUGUGGCCAUCACUGUGCCUCUGGUUGUGAUAUCCGCGUUCGCAACACUCUUCACUGUGAUGUGCCGCAAGAAACAACAAGAAAAUAUAUAUUCACAUUUAGAUGAAGAGAGCUCUGAGUCUUCCACCUAUACUGCGGCACUUCCCAGAGAGAGGCUCUGGCCAAGACCAAAGGUCUUUCUUUGCUAUUCCAGCAAAGAUGGCCAGAAUCACAUGAAUGUCGUCCAGUGCUUUGCUUAUUUCCUUCAGGACUUCUGCGGCUGUGAGGUGGCCCUGGACCUGUGGGAAGACUUCAGCCUUUGUAGAGACGGGCAAAAAGAAUGGGUCAUCCAGAAGAUCCACGAGUCAGAGUUCAUCAUUGUGAUUUGUUCCAAAGGCAUGAAGUACUUUGUGGACAAGAAGAAUUACAAACACAAGGGAGGCAGCCAAGGCUCAGGAAAAGGGGAGCUCUUCCUGGUGGCCGUGGCAGCCAUUGGUGAAAAGCUCCGCCAGGCCAAGCAGAGUUCUUCUGCAGCGCUCAGCAAGUUCAUCGCCGUCUACUUUGAUUAUUCCUGUGAAGGAGAUGUGCCCGUUGUCUUGGACCUGAGCACCAAAUACAAACUCAUGGACCAUCUUCCCCAGCUCUGUUCUCAUCUGCAUUCCCGAGACCACAGCCUCCAGGAGCCAGGGCAGCACCUGGGACACGGCAGCAGAAGGAACUACUUCCGGAGCAAGUCAGGCAGGUCCCUGUAUGUCGCCAUUUGCAAUAUGCACCAAUUUAUUGACGAGGAGCCUGACUGGUUUGAAAAACAGUUCGUUCCCCUCCACCCUCCCCCACUGCGCUAUCAGGAGCCAGUCCUAGAGAAGUUUGACUCCGGAUUGGUUUUAAACGAUGUCAUUUGCAAACCAGGGCCUGAGAAUGAUUUCUGCUUAAAGGCCGAGGCCUCCAUCCUUGGGGUGACCGGGUCAGCCGACUUAAUUCCAGAAAGUCAGCACAUGGGCCUGGACGAAGAUGCUGAGGCCCGUGCCACCUCUGAUGGUGGUUCGACCCUGCAGCCCCUCCUGCACAUGGUGAAAGCUGGCAGCUCCUCGGACAUGCCACGGGACUCAGGCAUCUACGACUCGUCCGUGCCUUCCUCUGAGCUGUCUCUGCCACUGAUGGAAGGACUUUCAACGGACCAGACAGAAACGUCUUCCCUGACAGAGAGCGUGUCCUCCUCUUCUGGUCUGGGUGAGGAGGAGCCUCCUGCCCUUCCUUCUAAGCUCCUUGCCUCUGGGGCUUGCAAAGCAGAACUUGGUUGCUGCAGCUACACUGAUGAACUCUACGCGGUCGCCCCUUUGUAACAAAAUGCAAGAGUCUAAGCAUUGCCACUUUAGCCGCCACCUCUCUCUGAUUCCUCAGUUCAUCUCUCUGAUUGCAUGGCCCACGUGGAGCUGAGGUCUCCUACAAGGAUAUUGGAAGUGAAAUCUGGCCAGUAUUUGCUCCCCUUGGCCCCAACCCUCUUCCAGGCAAAGUUUUCAAUUUUUUGAAAUCGUACAGAGCUCUGAAAGACUUGCGCCUAAGGUCUGGCAACAGCUUGCCAUGUUACGUCAGAGCUGGUUCUGGGAGAGAGGGAGGGAACAUGUGAAGAGAAGCAGAAGAAUACCUGCACUGAUCAUUCAGACCUCGCCGAGCUCCGCAAACUUUGCCUGUCUACUGUUGGCUGCUUUGAUUGAAAUGCUGUGUGGAAAGGCACUUUUAAUGUCAUUAUAGCCACAGAAAUCAAGCACCAGUCUAUCCGGAGCCUGUGUUGUAUUGUAGAUGGUGUUACUGUCCACAGUUUUGAAGCAGAACUUACGAUGCCCGGACAUUCAAUAAGCUUUGAGUCAAAGAUCAAGAAAGUAACUAAAUGCAGAGUUACCUUUCAUAAAAGAAGCCUUGUGUAUUACUGGGUGGCAUAGCUGGCUGAAGUGGCCAGGGCCAGGCUGGCCAUCUUGACUAUUCCAUCUGGGGUAGGUUGGUCAAUGUGUAGAAGGCACCAGAACCUCCUCUUGGUGUGAGGAGGUGUCCUUUUGUAUCACGUGGGGGGCCAGAUCUGCCUGCCAUUUCCCUGGGUUACAUUUACUGUGCUGUAUUUCAGAUGUUGGUUUCUGGAAGUUUAUUUUUAAGAAACUGAUACCCAGCUGGGCUGUAUUAUUGGAAGCUGCAGUUCGUGCUGUGGUUAGCCUUCUGGUCUAAAGCUGUGUCCUGAAUAUUAGAGAUUGGAAUUCACUGAAAUACAGCAGUGUGUGGAGGUGGUGGCCAGUUAAUCUUCUGAACUGGUUUCAACGAAUGAUAGACCUCUUUUUAAGAAGGUGGAAAAGAGGCGCCUAUGGCUCAGUGAGUAGGGCGCUGGCCCCAUAUACCGAGGGUGGCGGGUUCAAACCCAGCCCCGGCUGAACUGCAACCAAAAAAUAGCCGGGCGUUGUGGCGGGCGCCUGUAGUCCCAGCUGCUCGGGAGGCUGAGGCAGGAGAAUCACGAAAGCCCAAGAGCUGGAGGUUGCUAUGAGUCCUGUGACGUCAUGGUACUCUACUGAGGGUGAUAAAGUGAGACUCUGUCUCUACAAAAAAAAAAAAAAAGGAAACUACCAUAAAAGUAAAUUCUCUGUUUUUAAUGAAUGACUUCUUUACAGAAUUUCUGUUUCCAAAGAGAAAACAACUGUUCGUAUCCUAUGUGUUGAUUAGUGUGUGUGUAAUGAAUGACGUCUUGGUCUAACCUGCGGAAACUCUUCUCUCUGUGCCCUGGAGUGGGUGUGACUAUCUUUCUCCAUCUUUUCCAUGGGCGAUGUUGGCUUUUGGUACCCUGUUUUCUUAGGAUUCAGCCUAAGGACCACCCUGGGGACCUUCAUCAGUAAGACCAAAAUCCCAAGGUGUGGGGAGGGUGGGACAGGGCAGGACUUUUUCCUCUAAGCACACACUGGGCAGGUGGUGAAGGGAAGGCUUGCACCCCCACUAAAAAGAAGUUUGUAUUUUUGAUGCAAACGUCAUUCACACUCCCUAUUCUGUAAAGGCAGCUGGCAGCUUCUUGGGAGAAGAACGUGCUCGUCUGUUCUCUGGCAUCAGGUUUCCUGCAGCUGCUCUGGGAGAGAGACAGGGAGCUGCAAGGCUGUCUGCUCAUAAAACCAGGCAUUUCAGAGGAGGGACGUUUCAUGUUGUCAGUGUGGAAUCUGGGAUGAGCACAGAGCUCCUGCCCACACAAGACUGCCCUGCCAUUCCAUCAUGUUUUGUGAAGGAGAUUGGUCAGUCCAAACUUACUAACUUAGGAAAAUUCACUUAGAAUGUUAUCAGAGAGAUUUCUUACUGAGACCAAAAAAUGUUUCACCCCACAGGAACUAUUAGGAGCCACUUAGGGGUAAAUAUUAGCUUUGCUCAUAGAAUGAGCAUCUCUGAGAAAGUGGCCCAGGAGCAACAUGGAAGACUGGGAUGGGAAGCACUAACCAGGCUCCAAGGCUGUGGGCAGAGAGCUUGCUACAUGGACGUACUGACUUUGAAAAUGGAAAGGAAGAAUGUGAUAGUCCAAAAAUAAAGUAAUGUUUUAGUUUGGAUUUAGGAUUUGGGUACUUAUUUUGAAAUUCUAAUGUUUCUGAUCAAUAAUAUUAAACUCUAAUAUGCCAAGUAAUGGAAACGAUAGUGUGAUUGUGUAAGAGAAUAAAUUGAAAGGCCAACUUCCUAGUUUUGCUUCAUUAGUUUCACUUUUUUCACUCUCCCCAUUGUGCUAGGAAUGGGAGUAGUUGCCUUGCAGAUUAAGGCAAAACAUCUGUUUUAAACAUAGCUGCAUUUUUUUGACUCACAGAUUGUCCCAGAUGGUGGAAAUGAUAAGACAGAAAAAGGUUCUGCCAAGUCACAGGCUGUUAGAUAUUGCAGAAGCAAAAAAUAGAAUAUAGGGAUCUUCUCAAUGAAAGGCCUGGGAGCAAACGGCUUGUGUGGAUAAAUUAGACACUGUCCUCUGGAAAGGAGUCCAUGGUUCUAGGAAAACUAAGAAGCCUACGUGUAGUUAAAAGGGAGAGGCUAGUUACGCAGGUCUUACAGAAAGGACUUAGCCAUCUGAUGUAGUCGGCUUUACUGGGAGAAUGAUCAGGGUGGUAAAACUGUGUUCUUAGGCCAGGUGCGGUGGCUCACAUCUGUGAUCCUAGCACUAUGGGAGGCUGAGGUGGGUGGAUGCCUGGGCUCACAGGUUUGAGACAACCUGAGCCAGAGUAAGACCUUGUCUCUUAAAAAAAUAAAUAAAUAAACAGCCGGGCAUUGUGGUGGGCACCUGUAGUUCCAGCUACUCGGGAGGCUGAGGCAAGAGAAUUGGUUAAGCCCAAGAGUCUGAGGUUACUGUGACCUGGGAUGCCAUGGCACUCUACCAAGGGCAACAAAGUGAGACUCUGUCUCAAAAAGACAAAUAAAUAAAAGUGUGUUCUUCUCUCAAGAGAUUGGUUACAAGCAAAAGGGACCACCUUGACAGACCCAGCCCAGCCACACAGGUUUAGAGUUCUCUAGAGGUCGAAUGUUGGGCUUUUAAGGCACAUUGAUCGCCAUAAACAAUCAGAAGUCAUUUCGGUCCAGGCCCAGGUAUUCGGGUGGUGACCCAGCCAGGUAAUAGUAUUUUGAGCCAAAAAUGAGAUCAGGCCAUAAAGUCGGGAGACAAGAGUUUUUGAUUGAUACAUAAGCAAUUACAGAAGACAGUUCUGGAGCUGAAGUUCAGUCAAAUGUCUUCAGCCACGAUGACGUCAUUGGAAUGUGUAGUAAGGAAUGGGUACAUAAAUUUGUGUAUGUUUGUCAAAGUUUAGUCUUACAACUUCAUAGCCACAAGUAUCUCUCUUGUUACUACCAAUCUCUAGUUUCAGGUCUCCUGAUUUAAGUGCAUAUAGGAACACUGUUCUAAAUGUGGGGUUGUAUCAUUUUCAGAGCCUUUUUUUGGAGAUAAACAUCUUUUCCUUUAAAAGACGCAAAGGGGGUGGAACCUAUUUUAUUUCUGAAGAAGAAAUGACACAUCUUUCUCCCUAAAGAAAGAAAAUUCUGGGUGGCGCCUGUGGCUCAAAGGAGUGGGGCGCCGGCCCCGUAUGCUGGAGGUGGUGGGUUUAAACCCAGCCGUGGCCAAAAACUGCAGAAAAAAAAAGAAAGAAAACUCUGAGGUCCCCAACAACCUCAACACUAGUUUGGCUCCCUUACAGAGAAAUGACUUUCUGUCUUUAGUGGAAAGGGGUGGACAUGCUAAUAUGAAGGUUACUUAGCAGAUCCUCUGUCUUCAGGGGAUGCCAACGUUAGCAGCCCAAGUGUAAGGAAAACAUUUCUGAUGAUAAAUGGCAUUGACGUGGCUUCCUGGUGUCUGCGAUGGGGAAUGAUGGCAACCGUGGCAAACCGAAGAGCUUCUGUUUCACUUACAGGGGAAGCCAUAGUGCCUGUGCAAUAGUUCCUGUCCCAUUUUUCAAGAGAAGCUGAGAAUCUGGAUUUUUAUAUUGAAAAGUUAUGAUUUUUAUAGGGUUGGCAACUAAGUUAAAAGAAUUUUUAAGUGAAGUCUGGCCAACGGGACACGAAGAUAACUUAAUUGGGUCCAUUGGCUACCAGUUUGCUAGAUUUGUUAAAUUUGAAAUGAAAGGCAUCCAUGGUAAUUACAGAUGUCAGGUGCUACCAAAAGUGCUAUUGCUAAAUGCAGCCAGUAGCUGGAUUGCUUUUUUCCACUAUCUCUUCCCUGAAGAAAUUUAAUGUGAUUCUGAGUGCAGUUAAAAUGUUUUGAUUGCUUCUUUAUAUUUCCUGGUGUCUUAAGAGAAAGCCAGUUAUUAAUUUCAAAAUCAGAUUUCUGUCCAUUAAACAAACAAAAUGCUUAGGCUCGGUGCCUAUAGCUCAGUGAGUAGGGCGCCUGCCACAUGCACUGAGGCCUGCGGGUUCAAGCCUGGCCUGGGCCUGCUAAAUGACAACAGCAACUGCAACCAAAAAAUAGCCGGGUGUUGUGGUGGGCGCCUGUAGUCCCAGCUACUUGGGAGGCUGAGGCAAGAGAAUCACUUAAGCCCGAGUUUGACGUUGCUGUGAGCUGUCAUGCCACAGUAUUCUACGGAGGGGGCAUAGUGAGACUCUGUCUCAAAAAGAAAAAAAAAUGCUUGAACAAUUUCAUUUAAACUCCACAACCUAAACGGCCUUAUUUAUAGUUCUAGCUCUAGACAUAAUUAUUUUUCUAGAUGGUGUGCAAUUCUGAGCUUAGGCCAAGACAUAAUUAGGAAAACAGGCAUUUGUAGAGAAUAAGGUAAGGAAUCUGCUAGUGUCCAGUAGAGCCAGGUAUUUACAUUAUUGUGUAUUUUAAGUGACCUGUGAGUUGACUAUGUCUUGGAGGUGUGAAAUGGUAUACAGAGAAAAGCUUUUCCUGAUGUUAAGAUAGCAGUAGUCCAAAUGGGGUGUUGGGUCAUCCUUGCCAUAUCACCUCUUUUCAGGCUGAGGGCGAAAAUAAACAAAAGGAAGUCUGACUGUAAGCCAAUAGCUUUGAUUCCGAUUUCAGAGUUUGGGGGCCAGGAGAAAGUUUAGAUUAUCUGGCAUGUUCUCCCCCUGGUGUCAGGCAGGGCUGGGACUGAAUUUUUCCAAGCAUAUGGCCAUAGAUGGGAUUCUGGAUAUUCAGAGAAAGAUUCUGUAACAUACCCUGAUGGUCAGAUAGUUCUUUAUAUGUCUUACAGAAAUUCAAACCGGCUUUCUUUUGUUUGGUGCGGAGUGGAGAAAGAACAGCUGGUCGCCUUCCAUGUAUUUGAAAACCACAGUGAAGUCAUCCCCCUGGUGUUUUUAUUUCAGUGAUAAAUAAUUCCACUCACUUAAACCAUUCUUUAUAGCUCUUGUUUUCCAGGGGCUUAAUAAUUUUCACUGCUAUUCUAUUUCUUGGCUUCACACUCAGUUUAGUUGUCCAAACAGAAUGUUGGUGCCUUAUUCACAUUGGUGCCUUGUGAAGGACAAGCUCAGGGUAGAAAUUAUACGAAAAUUCUUAUACACCCAGUUCCUCUUACCACUUAAAAAUAUAAUAGCACUUUUAAAAAUGGUACAUUGCCUAUAUUCAUUUUGAGAAUUAUUUGACUGCCGUUUUUUUUUUUUUUUUCUUGGUGUUAGUCCUCUAUCUUGUGGGUUGUUUCCCUUCUGAGAUGAAAUACUUGGUGCUUAUUCCUAAUAUAUUUAAUACUACCCUUGAGCUUCGAGAUACUCUUUUAAGACCAGCACCUAGCCCUCCCUCCCAAUUUUGGAGGGAUUUUAACGUAUCUCUAGACAGUCCCUUUAUUUCAUGACUCAAAAUAUUAUUAAAUGGUGCAGUCUUUGGUUUAACCACUAGCGAGGUGGUAGCGACAGUUGCAAAGUACCACCUCCCCAUUGCUGUUAGAGAGAUAAUUAACAAACACAUUUGAAUGCUCCCAGGAGGACCUCUGGGGAAUUUUGGCCAAUUGUCUUUCUGCUUCUUAGAUCCUCCUUGAAAUUCAGCUAGGACCACAGGUAUCUCCAAGACCUUUUCUGUGUUCUGGUUGCAAUUGACCAAGCGCUGUAUUUUAUACAAUGAGAAUUUUGACAAUAGCAAACCAUUACCACUGCCUAUCUGAUGUUUGUGUCACAUAAAAUUCCAGUCAAGAAGAUUCAAAGAGGCAAUCUUCCGUUUGUAUGUGAUGUUGACAAAAUUCGCUGUUUCUAUUGUUAGACAAAAAAAAAGAAAAAGUUGCGUUUGGAUUAUACAACUCUGUGUUUGUCUGUUUUAAAAGUUUGGUUUUUUUUUUUUCUUCAAGAAAAAAGCAUGGCGAAUCUGGACAGCAGCAAAAGCUUUUGUAAAACCUAAUAUGUUCAUUUAGAGAGUAACUUUUAUUAACUUUUAUUUUCACUGUUAGUUUAAGAAAAGAAAAAAAGAAUCUUUCACCGCAGAAGUUCCUUGUUAUUGUGCCCGGGGUGUAGGGUGGGGGAGCCUGUGGAACACGGUGGUUAUUGAUGUUACUGUCUUUGUUUCAUCUUUAAAUUUGUCCUUUUGAGGAUUUUGUGGAUUAGUGAGCAUUGACAGACUGUAGCAGUGUGCUGUUAAUGACUUAUUUGAUUUGUACAUACCUGUAAAUAGGUGAUAGUAGAUCACAGCUGACAUUUGCAAGAUGUUUUUGUACUUUAGAAUUUCUGCAUCAAAUAAAAUGUUUUAAG